AAGAAAUAACCACACUCAUCCUUCUCCUCAGUGACACUUUCUCAGCUCUGCUUCCUUGAAAACCAAGAUGAGCCACACUCACGCUGAGAAGUAUGUGAUGACCAUGAUCGAUCUGUUCCACAAAUACAGCAAACCUGAUGACAUGAUUGACCAGCCGGGCCUGCUGAUGUUGCUGAAGGAGAAUUUCCCUAACUUCGUCAAGGGCUGUGACAGACGGGGCAACAAUUACUUGUCCCAAGUCUUUGAGGAAAAGGAUCUGAACGAGGAUAAGAAGAUCCAGUUUUCGGAGUUUCUGUGCUUGUUGGGGGACAUAGCCAUGGACUACCACAGGCAGAGCCAUGGAGCCGCGCCCUGUUCUGGGGGAAGACAGUGAGCGCGCCCAGCCCCAGGCUGCCAGAAACCACAAGAAAUAAAGUGUCCCUUUUGCCCAGAAAAA